AUAUUGUCGUAAACGCAUUCUAUUAUUUAGCUUUACGAUAUGACAUAACUUUCACUAAAAUUACUAAACUAAAUCAUAAAAACUCGAAUUGUUUACAUUGGACUAGUAGUGGUCACUAAAUUACUUGUCGCAUAACAACCGGCGUCGCGCAGCCUCGGCCUGAAAGUUGGGGACAAAAUUCAAUAACGAAUUGGCCAUUUUAUUGAUGGCCGGGGGGAGGCUGGGUGGAGACAGUCGGUCGGUGGCCAGAACUGAAAAUGGGGGUGCAUCAAACAGUCCGCCAUUAGUUUCCCAGCACACUGGGGCGUGGGCGUCGGGGGUGUGGCGCGGGGCGUGGGGGUCCCCGUGCCGCCCCCCGGCGACCUACUCGCCACUAUAUCCAUGUUUGAACAACAAAUCAAAGCUGAACCUAUGAGUUUCUACACAUCUCAUCAACAUGUUCACUCCGGGCCCCCAACAAUAGUCCGAUCAGAUUCCAACCAUGCUAUCAUCAAUAUGAAUCAACAUCACCCCAUACACCAAGAAGAUUCUAAAGACAGCCUGAUAGUACAACAUCAAGUACAACACCAGCAAGAACUUAUGGAACAACAUCAACAACAAGAAAUGCAGCAACAAGAUGAUGAUUUAAGCUUCAAAGGAAUGGAGGAUGAAGGUGUAGAAAUGGAUAUGGAUGGGCGACAAUGUUCUCAGGGUAUGGGGGUAGAUAUGGGUUCAGUUCAAACUAAAAUGGAGGUUGCAAAUGGCCAAGGAGCACCGCGAUCAAAGCCUCAAGCCUGUAAGGUUUGUGGAAAAGUACUAUCAUCAGCAUCAUCUUAUUAUGUCCACAUGAAACUGCAUUCUGGCAAUAAACCAUUUCAAUGUACUGUUUGUGAUGCAGCGUUCUGCCGCAAGCCAUAUUUAGAAGUACACAUGCGUACACACACGGGGGAGAGACCGUUCCAGUGCGAUUUAUGUCUUAAGCGAUUCACACAAAAAUCCAGCCUUAAUACGCACAAGCGCGUUCACACAGAUGAGCACAUGCGCGCGUUGAUGGUGAAGGAGCGGCCCUACAAGUGUGAACUCUGUCAGAUGCGGUUCACGCAGAGCUCCAGCCUCAACAGACACAAGAAAAUACACACGGAGGAACACAAACGCGCGCUGCUGGCCAAGGAACGGCCCUACCAAUGCAACAUCUGCUUUGUGAGAUUCACCCAGAAAUCGAGUUUGGGCCGGCACGGAAAAAUACAUACCGAGGAGCACAGACGAGCCCUGUUAGAGAAAGUGCGGCCGUACCAGUGCCACAUCUGUUUUAUGCGCUUCACUCAGAAGUCCAGCCUGGGCCGACAUGGGAAAAUACACACUGAGGAGCACAUCCAAUCGCUGAUCAACAAAGUGCGCCCCUAUCAAUGCGACAUCUGUGACAAGCGGUUCACUCAGAAGUCCAGCCUUGGCACCCAUAAACGUAUACAUACUGGGGAGCGGCCGUUCCAGUGCACCGUCUGCCUCAAGUCCUUCACGCAGAAGUGCGCGCUCAAUUUGCACGAAAAAAUACAUACGGUGCAAGGGCGUCCUUUCACGUGCGGGCAAUGCCCGGCGGCGUUCGCCCGCCGCCCCUACCUGGACAUUCACAUGCGCACGCAUACAGGCGAGCGGCCCUAUCAGUGCGACGCGUGUCUGAAGCGCUUCACGCAGAAGUCCAGCCUCAAUAUACAUAAGAGGACACACACAGUCCAGGGCAGACCGUUCCAGUGCCUGUCGUGCCCCGCCGCCUUCACCUGCAAGCAAUACCUGGAGAUACACACGCGCACCCACACCGGCGAGCGUCCCUAUCAAUGUGACAUCUGCCUGAAGCGCUUCACACAGAAAUCCAGUCUCAACAUACACAAGCGGACGCACUCAGUGCAGGGGCGGCCGUUCCAGUGCUUGCAGUGCCCGGCUGCCUUCACCUGCAAGCAGUACCUCGAGAUACACAACCGCACCCACACCGGCGAGCGGCCUUACCAGUGUGACGUAUGCCUCAAGAGAUUCGCGCAAAAAUCUACACUCAAUAUACACAAACGAACGCACACAGUGCAAGGGCGGCCGUAUCAGUGCAUGGAGUGCCCGGCGGCGUUCACUUGCAAGCCUUACCUGGAGAUACACAUGCGCACGCACACAGGCGAGCGGCCGUUCGAGUGCGAUGUCUGUUACAAACGCUUCACGCAGAAGUCGACACUCAAUAUUCACAAGCGAAUACAUACCGGUGAACGUCCAUACGCUUGUGAUAUUUGUCAAAAACGAUUCGCCGUAAAGAGUUAUGUAACUGCUCAUAGAUGGUCUCACGUGGCGGAUAAGCCGCUGAAUUGCGACCGGUGCUCAAUGACGUUCACCUCAAAGUCGCAGUUUGCGCUGCACAUCCGUACCCAUUCUGCUGGUUCCUGUUAUGAAUGCAGUGUCUGCGGCCGGACAUUUGUCAGGGACAGCUAUCUAAUAAGACAUCACAACCGCGUGCACCGUGAGAACCACAGUAACGUGUCGGCGAAUAGUAUUGGGACGAUUAACAGUGUGGCCACCAAUACGAACAACUCGAAUAACAGCAACUUCGAAACGCCGGGCGUUUGUGACUUAAGUUUUGUACCACAGAUGGUGAAUCGUUAUAUGACCUCUCAAGGUACACAGGUGUCAAUGCAAGACACUCAAAGCAAAAUGUCAGCAAUGUCGCCCCAGUCUAUCGCUUCAAUAUCAUCGCCCCCUCCCCCUCACACUCCUACACCACAGCCCCAGAUGUCAGGACAAAUGCAUCUUGCGGACUGAUCGCCAAUAUAGCUCUCGGUUGACUAGCGAGCAGCCAGAGUGCAAUAUUUAAAGUUUGGCAGCCAUCAACAAGAGCAGCUAUUUACAAGUUAUUAAUGAAAUAAUAUACAAAAGAAAAAGGAGACCGUUGGCUCCUUACUAUGAAUGGUCAGCAUGGACUAAUGCACAGAUUAUAUUUUAUUUGGAAUUAUUUAUUUAUAUCUACUGUUGAGUUAGUCGGGCGUGACACGAGCGGCGAGCGUCGUACGCCGUGCGUCGAACGCGAGCGAUAGAUGGAGGCAGCCGUAUGUAUGCAGGGAAAUGAAGGAUGAGCAUCGAGUUGGUUUCGUUCCGCUUGUGGAAUCCCUCGGUAACAUCAGGUGGACAUCACAAUAGAGAGGAGGAUGUAGUGAGUAGUCAAGUAGCGGUACCGCCUAUGAUAUGCAUUGUGAUUUUUACCCACAACUGUGAUUUAUCUAUACCAUCACAUAAUUAUAUUAAUUGACGUGGUGGCGUUCAUAAAUCAAUACUUAAACUCUCAUCAUUUUAGAUUGUAGGCCUAAAAUUUUUGAUCUCAUAUUCUAAUUUGCUUAGUGAUAACUUUGGAAUCGUGAAUGGUAAAUCUCCAACUAUGAAAUUCUAAAUUGAAUGUUCAUAACUCGCUUGUCAUACACAUUCUCAUUAGUGGUAGUGUAAUGUAACAAUAUCUUAUUGCGAUGCUUUAACUUAGAAUGUGUCAGUGUAUAAUUAUGGAGUUCAGUAAUUUUAUAGAACUGUUACCAAUGAGAGGUAAAGUAUUUUGAUCGCUGAGAAAUUUUAAAGGACUCUAACCUCAAGAUUAAUCCAUAAGAAUGCUUUAAAUAUUCAGGUUCAUAUAAAAUAAAUAAUAAUAAAUAAGUACAAAUAAACCCAUAAUUUGCAGAGUCCUGAGAGGCAAUAUCGAAAGCUUCACAAAAUUAAUAAUCUUUAAUAUGAUGUUUAUUGGAGAAAUCCAGAGAAGUGCCUGUUGCAACAUAAAAUUGGCAAUAUUUUUUAAUCGUAUUGCGUUCAGAAUAAAAUUAUGUUCAGUGUUCAAUGUGUGUGGCCAACGGCCGGCCGCAGGCAAUAAGUGAGGACUGCGCGAGCGUUCGAUUAUAGUCCGCGCGGUCGCACACAGCGUAUCAUUUGUGAAGCUUCUUACUAAAACUUUGUGUGCCUUCUAGCGGAUAGCGACAUUAGGCAAUAUCAAUCAUAACACCAUUGAAAUCUUCAUUAUUUUUUCUAAUUUCCGAUAUAAUUGUUCAUGUUAGUGUACUCUCAUGUAAAACAUCGUAUAAUACAGUAUAUAAUGAUUACCAUUUCAGAUAUUGCAGUUUGCGUUCUAAACUUAUUUUUGUGGAAUGCAAACUGUUAUCUCUUUUUACUGUUUUCGAAUAAUAGUAAUUAUGAAUAGUGAUAUAGUGCAGUAGUCUUCCAAUACCUGAGACAGAGUUGUAUGUGCACUGUGGAGUGCAGCUAAUGUGUCCGCUGCGGGGGUUCCUUAUGGUUUGCCAUUAUUGAUAUCAAAGAUAGAUUGGUGCCAUUUCUAUGUAAUGAUGUGGUAGAGUAAGUUUAAUUAAGUCUGCAGGUCAGGGUAGCUUGGAAAUAAAAUAUUGUAAGGGAAACGUCUUCGCAUUAUAUGUUACGAUUGAUAUCGUAUGAUUACUGACAUUUUAGGUUUCAGUUCUAUUAUAUUUUUAUUCGCGUAUGAGUCUUUACAAAUCGUACAUUAUUUUAUUUCCAUAUUGUGUGUGUCCAUGUGCUGGGUCAGGAAUUGUAAAUAUUGGUAGGGUUUAUUUAUUCAAGUAUAUAUAUCAAAAAGAGAAUACAAUUCAAUAUUAUAUAGGAAUGUUUAUUAUGUUUUGUAGAAUGGUCUCGCUCUACAAUUUAAUAAUAAAGAUAUCGAACUGAGAAAGAACAUAAUUGGAAUAAAUGUUAGAGUAUUUAGUACAGAACUAUACUUUGGGUACUAUGUACUAUAAAAAAAAUCUAAAUUUCCUUGUAGAUGUACAUACGUAUACAUAUAAUAAUAUAUACAUAUGAAUGUUGUUUGAUAGUCCUCAAUAUUUUUUUAUAUUUUGAUAGUUCUGUAUUUGAAAGAAACACGAAAAAAUAGGCCAAUGUCUCAUUUAUCAUUUUAAAUUAAUAAAUAAAAAUAUGUACACGAUAUUUUAAGAUAAAUAAUAUGACGGAUGCAUUUAGUUGCCCAGAGAAGUUAGAAGUUAAUAUCUUUACGCGUUUUUUUCAAAUUCUUAAAUUUUAGUAAGUUUCUUACCAAGCCAUUGAUAACAGUAUUAUUUAGACAAACUAGAACUUGGGUUUAACAAGUAGUAUAAAUCUUUCAGCUACCAUUAUGAAAAAAUUAUCACCAUAAAAUUUUUAAAACCAUAGUUUAUCAAUAGUUUGUAACAACAUUGGUAAGCACCACUUUACAGGUGCUUUCAGUGCUGAUACCAUGUAUUAUCCAUAGAUAUUAUGAAUGAAAAUAGAAACACCAACAUAGUGAACUAGGUACAUAUAUAAAAUAUAUGAUUAUAUAUCACCACUAAACUUCUCGAUGGUACGACAAGGAUGAUUGUUUCUUUAUUGAUCUAGAUUAGUAAUAUAUUUUUGUUAUUAUAUGUUCACUGUCUUUAUUAUUGUUUAUCCUUAUUUAGUUACUUAUUCUAUCGUUACUCCAUCCUUGUCGAGUAUAACGAGAAGCUAGAGGUGCAAAUUUUACUGUUUAACGAAAUAUAUUCAGAUAUUUAUCAUCAUUUAGCCUAGUUCAGGUUCCAUGACUUUCGUAAUGUACUGAUGACUAAUACAAAUAUAUUUCUUAAACAGUUUGAAUAUAUUAUAACAAUGAAGAAUCACAAGUUGUAAAUGUGUCCACUAAUGCGAGUUUUUUUAAACUGUAUACUACUACGAAUAAUUAGUGGACUUGUAAUUUGUGCGUCUUCGCUGUCCCAACUAUUUUACAUACCGAUGUUAGUUAACUAUAUUUAGAAUGUAAUACUGAGCCAUUUCAAUUUACGUAAUCAAAAAAAAAAUGGUAAAAAAUUGUAUUUUCCCAUUGUCUACUUAUUUUUCAACUGUAGAAAAGACUGAAUUACUUUAUACGAAAGGAAUUCACAACGUUACAACAAGAAUACUCAAAAGAAUUAUUGGCAUUUUAAGGUUUUGUUAAUUAGGUAUGUUGUUUUACAUCGUAGCGGUUGUGGUGACGGACCAACCAUGUUUUGUAUGCAGUCUUCUAAAUUUUGUUAAAGAAAUCAUACAUAUCCUUACCGGUGAAUGUAAAUGUAUACUACUCCCGCGUGGUGGCCGCGGUGGGCCAAGGUGAGCGGAGGACGACUGCUAGUCUACGGGGCGCGGAGUGUGCGCCGCCGACAGUUACACUAGAUCGUUCGAUCUUGAUAGUUUUAUGAGCAAAUAACAGUGAGCCUUGUGUAAUCAUAAUGUCUAAGGUACAUAAAUAUUUAGUUAUAUUGUAUCGUUAGAUUUACGCGAACUUCCGCUUUGCCAACAUUAUUGCGUUGCUUACAUUAUAAUCAUACGAGAGUACAGCCUAAGGAUUUUAACUUUUUUUAUAUACUGAGAGCUAUUUCUAAGUCACUGAUUUUAUACGAUUUGUAUUAAGCUAACCAAAUUAUAUUACUGGCUAUGAGCCAAAUAAUUAACCAAAUUUUGGAGUUAUUUACAUCCUUUUAUGUAAUUACUAAUUUUUUAUUAAAAAUCAAUAAGCAAAAAUCAUGGCAUGAUGAUAUUUGAUACGGUCAUUUAGUUAUAGCUCUUCAGAGUUUUAAUGACCAAUAUUUUAAAUACAACUGUUUUUCUUUUAUUGUUAAAAUUUUUAGGCUAGUUUAUAUUUUAAAUAAGUUAGAUUUGUUAAUUGUGGUGUAUUAAAUUGCACGUGAGUAUAACUCUUACAGCCUCCUUUACUAAAUAAGUAAUGUUUAGUUGUUUUUAUAGUCUGAAAUGAUUGUGAUAAAAAUAUUAUUAUUAUUGGUUUGUUUAUCUUAUAAUAAAAAAUCUUAUUAUUGUUUAUUGUUGAUAUUUUUGAGUAUACAACUUGAGCAGAGAGUGGUAUGGUUAGGUAGAGAUAGAGGCUGUAAGAGUGUUUAUGUAGUCAGCAUUAUGUAUAUGCUUUAAUGUGAUUUUUUAAAUGUACUCUUAAUUAUAGUAUCAUCAAUCAAUAUAAUUAGCGAACUAACAAAACGUUUCUAAUUUUUUUUUUUCAAUUUAUAGUGAUUUAUAUUGAGAUCAAAAUAAAUACAGAGUUUAUUUAAUUUUAUGGAAUAUUUACAUUGUAAAAUUAUUCUUUAGUGCUCAUUUGCAGAGCCCUAAUAAAAAAAAAGAAACUAUGUGAAUGCAAAUAACAAGUCACGAUUCUUUUAGAAGUCGCCAUGUAGUGGAGAAAAAUAAACGUGCCAUGAUAUUUGUGGCUA